CCCUGACCCCAAAAUGGCGGCGCCCAUUGAAGCGGACGCACCUGCCUCUAGCGAAGGCGAUGGCGAGGGCAGCGGCUUUGGGUCGUGGCUAGAUGGACGGUUGGAGGCGCUGGGAGUGGACCAAGCUGUAUACGGUGCCUACAUCCUGGGUGUUCUGCAGGAAGAGGAGGAAGAAGAGAAGUUGGACGCUCUGCAGGGUAUUCUCUCUGCUUUCCUGGAAGAAGAUUCUCUCUGUAACAUCUGCAAGGAGAUUGUAGAACGAUGGUCGGAAACUCAGAAUGUUGUUACCAAAGUGCAAAAAGAAGACAAAGUACAGGCCAUUGCUACUCUAAUUGAGAAACAGGCCCAGAUUGUGGUGAAGCCCAGGAUGGUAUCAGAAGAGGAGAAACAGAGAAAAGCUGCCCUCCUGGCCCAGUAUGCUGAUGUGACAGAUGAAGAGGACGAAGCAGAUGAGAAGGAUGAUUCAGGUGCCACCACAAUGAACAUUGGUUCUGACAAAUUGCUGUUCCGAAAUACCAAUGUGGAAGAUGUCCUGAAUGCCCGAAAACUGGAGCGAGACUCGCUUCGGGAUGAGUCUCAAAGGAAGAAGGAACAGGACAAGCUGCAGAGGGAGAGGGACAAACUAGCCAAGCAGGAGCGCAAGGAAAAGGAAAAGAAAAGGACACAGAAAGGGGAACGAAAGCGAUAACCUUGGUCAACUUGAUGCUUUCUCCUCAUGAACUGAUCAAAAGGAGAACUGAUUGUGCACGUGUGUAUUUAAGAGCAAUGAGAGAACAUUGCAAAGUGGUUUCUCAAGGCAUUUCCCUUUUGUUUACAUGGUCAAAAGGAGAAUCACACUUUUAAUUAUAAAAUGUGCCAUGUCUCUGUGGUGUGGAUAAUCAGAUUGUUGUAGAUGAUAUCUGUACCAAAGAUCUGGAAUGGGGACAACCUUUAUAUUUUAGUACUGAAGUCCUGUGCUCCUUUUGGCCACUUUCAAAAGUCUUCCCUCACCUUGGAUAAACAGCAGGAAUAUUCAGAAAGCUGACAGUUACAUUUUUCAUCCUGAAGGAUCAGAAUCAUGACCACUCCUUCCGUGAGAUGAAAUGUGGGAGAAUAAAAAUUGCUUCAGAAGUACUAUCCACCCCUAAAUGUAUUGUUUUAAGACUCAAAUAGAAAGUUAAUAAAGAGCCCUGCCUGGAUCCAGAUUUUAUGUUACAUGACAACAAACUAGGAAAAUGAGAAGAAAUUUGAUGGAUGUUAGAAUAUUUGAAAUUGAAAAAAAAAAAAAAAGUUCACCCUAUGGGAGGAAAGGAAGUAUCUUUUUUAAUUAGAGAGUCAUCUACAUUUUUCAUCUAGGUUGUGAUUGUUAAGAAGGGCAUAUCAGUAUUGUGUGCAAGGAUAUUAUUGUUAGCUAAAUUACUCUUAAUUGCUAGUAGAGAUUUUAAUCCUGGUUUGCCCUAAACCUUGAAUAUAAAGACCUGAUAAUUUUAGGUUUAGAGGAAAUGGGGGAACCGCCUUUUAAGAAACACUGGAAAUCUCUUGCUAACACAAAGAUAUUUAAGAGUGUACAUAGUAAGUGCUCAACAAAUUAAUUGAAUGAGUGAAUGGGAAAAUUGCUUGGGAGAGUAAAAAGUGAGCAGUAACUCUCCAUUUCUACUUUUAUCACAAGCUACAUUUAAUUUUAAAUUGGGCCUUUCUCUUCUUCAGGCAACAGACUGUCAAGAAGCCUGAAGAAAGCCAUUUUUCCGACAAAACAAAGUAGAAAUUUUAUACCAGGGGUCAGCAGAUUUACUGCCUGCAAGACAAAUUUGGUCUAGUCUGUUUUUGUAUGAUGCAAGCUAACAAUAAAUUUUACGUUUUUAAAGGGUUGUUAAAGAAUAUAUGACAGAGACCUUAUGUGGCUUGUAAAGCCUAAAAUAUUUACUAUCCAGCCCUUUGGAGAAAAAGUUUGCCGACCUCUGCUUUAUACCACUGAGAUUAACAAAAGUUUUUACCUUUGUGCAGAAGGUAAAAAGAAGCAUGGUUAAGGAAAAGAUGUGUUACCACUAUACACUCCUAUAACUUACGUGUCAUUGGCAAACAUUUUAAA